AUGAGAGCGAAUGAAUCAAAGCUUAUAGAGCAAUUGUUUUUGGACAUCCCAAUCCAAGAUCUACUUAACAACAAAUUUGCUGGUACCACUGUGGUUGAACCUUGGAAGAGUGACUACAUCAAUGCGAUACGAGAUGGAAGAUUCGGCGACGCGUUGUGGGCGCGGUACCACAUGUUUGGGGGUGUACAUAAUGGUCUGAUUGAGGGCACAAACAUGACGGUACUUGAGAGUAUCGAGGAGGAUGCGAUAGGAUAUAGAGUGGGCCACCCGGAUUUAUACGCCGAGGCUCUCUUAUUCUACGCGACGACAAAAGCCAGCGAUGGUCAUCCCGAAGUGAUAGAAAUGCUAUUCCGAAUCGGUCAUCAAGAUGCAGCUGAACUGCAUGUGUCUGAGUUUUAA